AACACUAUACUGACAGAAGGAAAGAUUCCUGGGGGGAUUCCCGGGGGAUGCCGUUCAUUGAUGCAGAUGCACAGGACAUUUCAGGGGCCACGCGUAUAAGGAGUGACCCAGUUGACGUGACCAUUAAGGGUAUGGCUGGACUUCAUGGCACAGCAGCUGCAUGGUUGCCUGCAUUACGAGAACUUAAAAAUCUCAAACGGUUAAAAUUGUAUGACUGUUCAUUAAUAGGCGCGAAUAUGGAGCAUAUUGCUGAAUCCCUUAGUGACACACCCACUUUGGUUGAACUGGAUUUCUCUGGAAACAAAUCUCUAGCAGGCUCAGGUGCUUCUUGGUCUCAGUUACAGGGACUAAAACAACUGAAGAAGCUCACAUUAGAUGGUUGUGGUUUAGGCGUACAGGACGUGAUACACAUUGCAGCAUUACCAGGCGGUAUACCUAAUCUUGCGCAGUGUAGUAUUGAUCAUUUCUUUGAGUUAAAAAGAAUGGAAAGAGGCGUAAGGAUGAAGCUCUCGUUGUUGUCAGUCACUGGAUCCGAUGCGGCAGAUAUUUUGAAGGUCGUGAGUAAUUGUAACGACUUAGUUGAAGUGGUGUUUCAGGAUAUUUCCGGCCUUAAGGACACAGCAGCUGAAUGGUCACAUGCUUGCCAUGGCCUAAAACAUCUUGAACGAUGUGAGUUUCAAAACUGUUCAUUGAUAGGCGCGGAUAUUGAACACAUUGCUGCAUCCCUUAGUGACACAACUACAUUGGUUGAACUGGAUCUGUCUGGAAAUAAAUCGCUAGCAGGCUCAGGUGCUUCUUGGUCUCAGUUACAGGGCCUAAAACAACUAAAGAAGCUCACUUUAGAUGGUUGUCGUUUAGGCGUACCGGACGUGAUACGCAUUGCAGCAUUAGCUGGCUGUAUACCUACUCUUGCGCAGUGUAGUAUUUAUAAUUUCUUUGAGUUAAAAAGAAUGGAAAGAGGCGUAAAGAUGAAGCUGUCGUUGUUGUCAGUCACUGGAUCUGAUGCGGCAGAUAUUUUGAAGGUCGUGGGUAAUUGUAACUACUUAGUUGAAGUGGUAUUUCAGGAUAUUUCCGGCCUCAAGGGCACAACAGCUGAAUGGUCACAUGCUUUUCAUGGCCUAAAACAUCUUGAACGAUGUAAGUUUCGAUCCUGCUCAUUAAUACGCGCGGAUAUUGAACACAUUGCUGCGUCCCUUAGUGACACACCUACAUUGGUUGAACUGGAUCUGUCUGGAAAUAGGUCACUGGGUGGUUCCCAUGCAUUGUCUCAUUUAAAGUGCCUAAAACAUCUUCAGGCACUGACCUUGAGGUCUUGCUCUUUGACACUUCAAGACAUGGCAUCACUGAGUGACUUGCCCACUCUUAUUAAGCUGGAUCUUUCUAAAAAUGCAUCUCUGGCUGGUUCAGGUGCAUGGUCUCAUUUAAAGUGCUUGAAACAACUUAAACAACUCGUCGUAUAUUCUUGUUCAUUGAGAGAAAACGAUAUUCGGCACAUUGCUGCGUCUCUGAGUUGCAUGCCAAAUUUAGUUGAACUGGAUCUGUCUGGAAAUUACUCCCUGGGUGGUUCGGGUGCAUGGACUCACUUAAAAAGCAUGAAACAACUUAAACAACUCAUCCUACAGAGGUGUACCCUGAGUGCUCGUGAUAUUCCGCACAUUGCUUCGUUACUGAGUGACAUGCCGAAUCUGGUAAAGCUCGAUCUGUCAAUAAACUCUGUUGACGAAUCUGAAACAGCUUCAGUGCAGCGACCGAAUCUGGAAAUACUCCAUACAUAGACCACAGUCCUCCAUCAGCAUGUAGCCUCUCUCAAGUUCUGGUUGCACUGCAUUGAUGGUCAGAUAACAUGGUACCAGAACAUAAUUUUAUGGUACAUCAUCUUUCCCAUGGGGUUACCUUGGGUAUCGAAGGACUAAUAGCGCAUUAUAAGAAAUGGGCCCAUCGCUCAUCCCCGUUCAUUGCUAAGCCUAUGAUUUUGUUAUGUCAUCAGUCACAUAGAAGAGCAACUAUCUUCGCC